AUGGGAAGAAAGCUUAAAAAGAGAAUUCCACAUCUAACACCAGCAGCAGCCGACUUCCCGGUCCUCGCACCCACAAAAGAGGAAGAACCCACCACAGCGCAAGCGCCCUACCUCGAAGAACUAGACGAUCCCUUCAACCCCUACACCAAAGAAACCCUCAGCUCCCCGACCGAGAAGCAACCCGCCCGCAAAGGCUUCACGUCCACCCUCCGAGGCUUCUCCGCGAGAAACCUUUCCUUCCUCCCACAAAGGCCACCGCGGUCGCACAGGUUGCGAAUCUCUUCCCCAACUAACUUCCGCCAUGUAUACUCCCAUUCUUACCAGUUCUCCGACCCGUUUACUACUACCUCGCACCGCGAAGGUGUCAACGUAGGCAUUCCGCGCCAGGAAGAGGACCGGCAGUUCCAGGAUCCGCGACGACUAGAUUCUCCCUUCCAACCCCUCCAGCUCGGCGCGGACACCACCGAGCUGUCCCCGAUCUUACCCUACUUCGAGUCCGACGACAGGGUCGUCACGCCGCCGCCGGCUGCUUGGCUCAGGGACGCGCCUCGGGAAGGCGAAGGAUACGUCCUCAAGCGGAGCAGGUCGAACCUCUCCUUCCACGUCCCCCGCAGGCGGGUAGGAGGAGUGGACGGUUCUUCGUCGCAGGCGAGCACGCCGAAGCAGGGGUCACCGCAGAUGGGUGAGAGACACUCCCCGUCGUUGUCGUCGCCGUCACCUCCGCCGCCUGCCGUCCCGCCCAAGUCGAGAGCUAGGGCUUAUACGGCGCCCGAGGUGGAUCACCUCAAGGAGCGCAUUGCUGAGGCGAUGUUGGAACGGGAUCGGUUGCAGGAGAUGAUUGAGGAUGUUAUCGAGAGGCAGAGCAUUUAUCUUGGCAGUCGGCCGUCGACGGCUCAUUCCAUGAGGACGCAGAUUCUCGCUAGCGCCGAGUCCGUCCCCGCCAUCCCCGCUCUCCCCCCGUUAGCACCCUCCUUCGCCGAACGCCUCAACCCCGACCUCAACCACUCCACCACCACCCUCCCCAACCCUUCACCCUUCGCCGCCCCGACGCCAACCCGCUUCCCACCUCCCCCUCACCCAACCACCCCCUUCCAAUUCUCCGAACUCGCCCCCGCACCCCUCCAUAUCGUCCCCUUCCAAGCACCCCCAACCCCACCACGCUCCCGCGCCUCCGACCGCCCCCUCCAACCCCCUCUCCCCCUCGUCCUCCGGCCCCCGCUCCGCAAGAAGAAAUCCUUCUCGCGCGUCUCGACCUGGCUCUUCCCGCACGAACGAGGCCUCAGCGUCGAUUCCAUCACCAACGCCCCGAGACCCGUGCGCGAUGCCGACGGGUUCUAUCAGUGCGUUAGUCCGCCAGGGACGGGGAGGCGGAUGAGCGGGGAUAGUGUUUCGACGGUGACGACGUGGGCGUCGGAGGAGGAGGAGACGAUGGGGACUACGCUUUCGCCUUGUCAGAGUCCUGGGGUGGUGAUGGGACGCGAGAUGGAUGUGCAGAAUGGUGGUGCUGGUGCUGGUGCUGGUGCGUUGGGUGUUCCGGAGCAGCGGCUGGAUCGCAUGGCUACGUUUGGGGGUGGAAGAAGUCAGGCGUCGAGCGGGACGGCGGGUUCGGCUUCGACGGCGACUGUUGUUGGGGUUGCAUUCUAA